AAACCUUAAGAGUACUCCUGACCUAGAGAAGAAUAACAGAAACAAAUCUAGCCAUGUAGUACACCUAUAUAUUUAUAUAUAUAGUAGUAUUUGUUAUGGCUUUAUAUAUUGAUUGAUAUAUUUUAUCAGCUUAAACUAAGGAUGUACUGUAAAUAAUUGUGUCAGGUAAUUACAGCUAGCAAUAUUAUAAUAUAUAUAUAUAAAAAAUAAUGGGAAGAGGGAGGGUGGAGCUGAAGAGGAUCGAAAACAAGAUAAAUCGACAGGUGACAUUUGCAAAGAGAAGGAAUGGACUGCUGAAGAAGGCUUAUGAGCUCUCUGUUCUCUGUGAUGCUGAAGUUGCUCUUAUUAUCUUCUCCAACCGUGGCAAGCUCUAUGAUUUCUGCAGCAACUCUAGUGUUAACCACAGCAUGGCCAGGACACUGGAGAGGUAUCAGAGAAGUACUUACAGUGCACGCGCACCAAGCCAGGCUGACAAGGAUACACAGAGCAGUUACCAGGAAUAUUUGAAGCUUAAAGCAAGAGUAGAGGUCUUGCAACAAUCUGAGAGGCAUUUUCUUGGAGAUGAUUUGGGGGAGUUAAGCUCAAACGACCUUGAACAGCUUGAGGGUCAAUUAGACACAUCCUUGAAGCAAAUCAGGUCCACAAAGACUCAAUUCAUGCUCAAUCAAGUUUCGAAUCUUGAACAAAAGGAGCAAAGGCUACUGGAAGUCAACAGAGUCUUGAGGAAACAGUUGGAAGAAACAGCUGGUGUAGAGGUGCAAUCAUCAUGGGGAGCCCGGGAACACAAUAUCCAGGAUAGACACCAGGCUGCACUGUCUCAGGGGUUUAUUGAGCCUCUGGAAUGCAAUAAUACACUGCAACUUGGUUCGAAUUGCAGUUACAAUCCCGCGACACGAGAUCAACUGAAUGUUGCAAACUCAACACGAAGCACUAAUGGGAUUAUCCCUGGUUGGAUGCUUUGAUUUUCUAAACUUGUGAAGAACAUAUGCAAUAUCUAUUUGUGUGUGUCCGUGUUAAAAUUCAUGUCAUAGAAGAGUCUACAUGGUAGAAAGACUUUUUUCUUUCACUUUGCAAAAUAAGUUGUUUGAUGAAAAACUUGCAAUUGUAGCCUAAAAGAGAGGCAAGCAAGUUGACUCUGCUACAUUAAUGUAUGUAGCUUCUAUUAGAGUUGCUUCAAAUCUUUAGCAAACUGAUCAAGAACUGCUACUGUAAUCAGUGGUACGUAAG